AGGGUUGCCGUUAUCGGCUUUGCUUCCUUUGUUUUAAGUUUUGCUUUAUAAUUUGAAUUCUAAAGCUUUGAUUGAAUUAAACCUUAUGGUUUUACUAAAUUAAAGAUUUAACUAUUAGUUUUAUUUGAUGGUUUCUCCUGAUGUUAAAUGCUGAAACUAUGAGUAAUCCGAAAUGCAACAUAGUUCAUUUCGUUGCUUGUUGGGGAGCUGAAGAAAAAUGACUCAUUCUACUGAUUCCAUCUGCCAUUUACACAUCUUAGUGGAUUUUAUCUCACUGUUCUGUAGGAUACUGGAAUUGCUGAAAAUAUCUUUUUGGGACAGGAAGAUGGAAGUCAAUGAUAAUGAGAUAGAUGAUCUCAAUGCACCUCUCUUGCAACUUGAGGAUAGCGUCACCAUCACUAUCUCUGAACCAGUUCAAACCAUACACAAGAAAAAUAGGAGGGUUGUGUUUAAAAUAAGGAAUAUCAAGUGUGCGUCAUGUGUGGUGUCCAUAGAAUCUGUCCUCAAAAAUCUUAAUGGCGUUGAGGAUGUUACUGUAUCACCAAUUGAUGGCCAGGCCGCAAUCCAAUAUAAUCCUCUGCUCAUUUCGGCAAAAAAAAUUAAGGAAGCAGUUGAAGAAGCAGGUUAUCCUGUUGACAAAUUUCCAGAUCAAGAAAUAGCAGCGUGCCGGUUGAGGAUCAAAGGAAUGUCUUGUACCAGCUGUUCUGAGUCUGUGGAGAAUGUCCUUAAAAUGGUUGGUGGAGUGAAAAAAGCAGUGGUUGGUCUAUCUCUUCAAGAAGCUAAAAUUUUCUAUGAUCCAGAACUUACCAAUACUGAUAGGCUUAAGGAAGCAAUAGAAGAUGCUGGUUUUGGGGCAGAUCUCAUUAGUUCUGGGGAUGAUGCAAACAAAACACACCUUAGACUAGCAGGUGUUACUUCUGAAGAAGACGUGUCCAUAAUUCAAUCCUCCCUCGAGUCAGCUGUAGGAGUGAGUCAUGUUGAAGUAGAUGCGGCAGAAAAUAAGGUCACUGUGACCUAUGAUCCAGAUAUCACAGGUCCCAGAUCUCUUAUACUCUGCAUCCAAGAAGCUGGCCAUGGAACUAAGUGUUACGAGGCAAGCUUAUACAUUCCUCCAAGACAAAGAGAAACAGAGCAGCAGCACGAAGUUCAAAUGUAUAGAAAUCAGUUCCUUUUGAGUUGCCUAUUCUCAGUUCCAGUGUUUUUAUUGUCUAUGGUAUUUCCAAUGCUUCAUCCUUUUGGGAACUGGAUAGAGUUCAAGAUUUACAAAAUGCUUACUAUUGGAACACUUCUUAGAUGGAUUCUUUGCACGCCAGUUCAGUUCAUUAUUGGUAGAAGGUUUUAUGUGGGAGCAUACCAUGUAUUGAGAUUAAGAUCUGCCAAUAUGGAUGUUCUAGUUGCUCUUGGAACAAAUGCUGCUUAUUUUUAUUCUGCAUUUAUUGCAAUUAAAGCUAUGACUUCCGACACAUUUGAAGGGCAAGAUUUCUUUGAGACGAGUGCUAUGUUAAUAUCCUUUAUUCUUCUGGGAAAAUAUUUGGAAGUUGUGGCUAAGGGAAAAACCUCAAAUGCUUUAGCUAAGUUGAUUGAUCUUGCUCCUGAUAAAGCUCAUCUAUUAUCAGUUGAUGAUGAUGGUCAUGUUAAUUCAGAGAUGGAAAUAAGCACUCAGCUGCUACAAAGAGGUGACAAAAUUAAAAUUUUUCCUGGUGAGAAAGUUCCGGUCGAUGGGAUUGUUACAGAUGGUCAAAGCUAUGUCAAUGAAAGCAUGAUCACAGGAGAGGCCAAGCCUGUUUCUAAAAAAACAGGUGACAAGGUAAUUGGGGGGACAGUGAACGAAAAUGGUCUUUUAAUAGUCAAGGCCGCUAAUGUUGGGUCCGAGACUACACUUUCCCAAAUUGUUCAACUUGUGGAGGCUGCUCAACUUGCUAGAGCACCUGUCCAGAAAGUAGCUGACACAAUUUCAAAGUUUUUUGUUCCUGCAGUUGUCCUUGCUGCAUUAGUUACUUGGUUGGGAUGGUUUGUCCCUGGAAUUGCUGGAAUUUACCCUAAACAAUGGAUACCAAAGUCUAUGAACGAAUUUGAACUAGCAUUGCAAUUCAGUAUUUCAGUGCUAGUAGUUGCUUGCCCUUGUGCUUUGGGACUAGCAACACCUACUGCGGUCAUGGUUGCUACGGGAAAGGGUGCAUCACUAGGAGUACUCAUCAAGGGUGGAAAUGGACUUGAAAAGGCCCACAAGGUGAAAACUGUUGUAUUCGAUAAGACAGGAACACUAACAGUUGGAAAACCAGAGGUAGUAAGUGCCGUUCCCUUUUCGAGCAUUUCACUGGAAGAUUUCUGUGAUGUUGCUGCUGCCGUGGAGGCAAAUAGUGAGCAUCCAAUAGCAAAAGCACUGGUGGAAUUUGCUAAGAAGAUACGUCAGAAUUUUCAGUCUAGCUCCUCUCGUGUAAUGGAAGUUAUGGACUUUGAAGUGCACACUGGAGCUGGGGUGAGUGGGAACGUCGGUGACAGAAUUGUUUUAGUAGGGAAUAAGAGGCUUAUGCAUUCUUUUAAUGUCCCUGUCGAUCCUGAGGUCGAACGCCAUAUUUCAGAAAAUGAGCAACUGGCACGAACGUGCAUGUUAGUUGCCAUUGACGGAAAGGUGGCUGGAGCUUUUGCUGUUACUGAUCCAGUGAAGCCAGAGGCUGAGCAUGUUAUAUCUUAUCUUCGCCUGAUGGGCAUCUCAAGUGUGAUGGUGACAGGUGAUAACUGGGCUACUGCAACUGCAAUAGCAAAGGAGGUCGGGAUAGAGGCAGUCUUUGCUGAGGCAGAUCCAUUGCAAAAGGCUGAAAGGAUCAAGAGAUUACAGGCGAAUAACACGGCUGUGGCUAUGGUGGGAGACGGAAUAAAUGACUCGCCUGCCUUAGUUGCAGCAGAUGUUGGAAUAGCAAUUGGCGCUGGCACUGAUGUUGCAAUUGAAGCAGCCGAUAUAGUUCUCAUCAAGAGCAACUUGGAAGACGUAAUCACGGCCAUAGACCUCUCUAGGAAGACCAUUUCCCGGAUUUGGCUUAACUACGUAUGGGCGCUUGGCUACAACAUUUUAGGUGUACCAGUUGCAGCCGGAGUCCUGUUCCCUUUCACCGGAAUCCGGUUACCACCUUGGCUUGCGGGAGCUUGCAUGGCUGUUUCAUCCCUCAGUGUGGUUUGCUCGUCUCUCCUGUUGCAGUCCUAUAGAAAGCCUCUGCAGUUUCAUGAGACUAAACAGACAACUUAUUGCAACAAAUGUGGGCAAAGAAGGCGGAUGUUCAAACUGGUUUUCGGCUGAAUUUUGUAAAUGCAUAUUGCUAGUAUGUGGCUCCAAAAGGCAGAUCGUAAAUAACUGAAAUAAACACCCUUUCAUGUUUCAGUUGUAACUCCAUAAGCUGUAGAAGCACUUGCAAGUUGAGCCAUUGUUUGGCAGAUUUGUGCUUCUCCUUAUAUGUUUGAAAUUUUCAUUACCCAGUUGCUUAGUGGGAGU